AUGGCUAAAAGAUCCGCUGCUAGACACUAUAAGUCUUACGCAAUUUCACAAUGGUCGCACCUACAGUUUCUCUCGUAUCAAGUCAACAAUGAUGAAAUUUUCUACAAUUACCCAGACGCUAAGGCACAGAUGGACCAGAAAGACAAAGCGAUAUCAUUGACUUCACACGAUAUAUCUUUGUUGCCUCCUGGCUCUCUGCGAGACACACAACAAUGCGUUCCACCUAAAGCGCCUACCUCGAGGGCUUCGCCCAGCCAUGACGUAUCCCUAUCAAGUAGCCAUAUUGCUCUUGCCAUGACAGCUCAAAAGCUACGACGACCGUUCGAUAAAGUUACCAUGGGAAAGACUAUCCGCGAAUUAUCCGGCGGAAAAUCCACAUUACAAAAUGAGCUGGUAGGAGACCUGGUAGCUGAAUUCGGCAGGGUGCCGGAGGGUGUUGAAGAUAUGACCUUGAUUGCACUGGGACAAGCGUUGCAAGGCACUUUUGUUGGAAAGCCAGCCAAACACAUGGCGACUCUAAUCGCCAUGUUAAUAUCAAGGAAAAUGCCCGCUGGAUUUAACCAAAUCUCCAUGCAGGAUUACAUAUGCUCUCGCUGGGGCUUCUCCAAGGCUCACUCCCUCGUCCCCAUCUGUCUUGCGAUUACUAUCGAGCCAAUCGCGCGUUUGGCAAAUGCAGAUGCUGCACAAGCGUAUCUUGAUGAGUUAAUCUGCCGGUACGCGCUGUUUCAAGGGAUUUCUCUGGCUCCUGCCGAUGGUCAAUAUGUUGACCAGAGCGAAGUAAUGCCAUCAUCAGCUGUAGGCUCCUCCGGUCGUCCGAUCGUUCAUGAGCAGCAGCGAACCUACUACCGUAAGCAUUUUGAUAUACUUGCGAAGUAUCUGGAGAUAGACCUCAGCGCUUCAGGACAACCGCCGCUAGAUACGACAUAUCAAGAAACGUUAGAGAGAUGGAAUGCUGAAUUCGAUAGCCAUUUUUCUGAAGGUAUAAAGUCGAUUUUUGAUAUCAGCCAGGCUCGGAACUACGACUCUUGGUGGAACUGGGCCAGAGAAGAGCUUAUCCAAUGGUUACACAAGGCUGCUUCAGACCCGGUAGAUGUAGCUCUUCUAAGGCAAGGCAGCCACCUGCGCAGGAUGCUGAACCGCUGGGAUCCAAGCUGUAACGAUAUUAUCGAGGCUAUUAUCAAGUCGCCUUAUCCUGUCAAAUAUCAAAAGCAGUUGAUAUCCUCAUGUUCUGAUAUUCGACUUGUGUUAAAGGAGGUUCUCCGUCUAGGAAACCUGGCUUUAGCGAGUGAACCCGUCUACAUUUAUUCUUUUCCGGCCUUGGGCCCGAAAACCACCAUUAGCAGCUCAGGUCAACUGGGGUAUAUGGAGAUGGCCCGGGAAGUUUCUUCCUAUCCGGACGUUGUAUACCAAGGACGUUUAUGCGCCGAUGACCUCAGAACAAAGAUACCUUUUGUGCAUAUUAAAUCUAGAAGGAGCGAGGGUGGCUGGAAAUACGACGCGGAUGCAACCAGGAUCCUGCAUGGAGUUCUCGGCGCCGGAACUACCACUGGCUUAAGCUAUGCCGGUAAGACUGUUUUAGUAACAGGUGCUGGCCCUGACUCGAUUGGGGCACAGGUAGUCCAGGGCCUUUUGUGCGGUGGCGCUCGUGUAGUUGUCACCACAAGUCGAGCAAUCUCUGAGAGUGCAAGCUUUUAUCAAAAGAUGUACCGUCACUAUGGCGCCAGAGGAGCGUCCUUGAUGGUCGUUCCAAUGAACCAGGCGAGCAAACGGGACUGUGAAUACUUGAUUGAGUACAUAUAUAGUGCUGAUUCCCCUAUAGGCGGCGACCUGGACUAUGUUAUACCUUUUGCUGCUGUUCCCCAAGCGGGUGAGUUGGAUAAACUGGGAAGUCAUCAGGAGCUAGCACUUAGGGCUAUGCUGGUCAAUAUCCUACGGAUCGUCGGACUUAUUCGGAAACAGAAGGAGAAACGACGUAUUAUCUGCCGGCCAACGACUAUUGUCCUGCCUAUGUCAUGUAACGAGGGCUCCUUUGGCGGCGACGGCCUAUAUGCAGAGUCAAAGGCUGGUCUAAAGACGCUCAUGAGCCGAUUCCAUUCUGAAAGCUGGUCAAGUUAUGUCACAAUCUGUGGAGCAGUCAUAGGUUGGACAAGAGGAACUGGCCUUAUGCACUCAUCCAAUCUUAUAGCAGAAGAAGUGGAAAAGCUGGGUGUCAUUACGUUCAGCCAAGCUGAAAUGGCAUUCAACAUCCUAGCUUUGAUGGCACCUCAUAUUACUACACUUGCUGAACAAGCUCCAGUCUAUGCGGAUCUUACUGGAGGUUUGGGCUUAAUGCGGGAUAUCAAAGAUCAUAUAUCAGCAAGCCGUAAGCGGCUUGACGAAGAAUCACAGAUACGAAAGGCCCUGCAAGAGGAAGACGCCCGUCACCUUUCGGUGCUCUUCGGACCACAACAGCAACAGUCAAGAGAUUCUGGGGUGAGCAUCAGCAAACCCCGUGCCCGUAUCAAACUUUCAUUCCCUUUCCUGCAACCCUAUGAGGACUUGACUGUGAGAUUGCCCAAUCUUAAAGGGAUGAUAGAUCUCUCGCGUACGGUCGUCGUGGUAGGCUUUUCUGAGUUAGGGCCCUGGGGAAAUUCGCGCACUCGCUGGGAGAUGGAGCACAAAGGCCGGUUUAGUUUGGAAGGCUAUGUAGAGAUAGCGUGGAUAAUGGGGUUAAUAAAACACGUUGAUGGAGAUUGGAAAGGGCGGCCCUACGUUGGCUGGGUCGAUGCAGGGACACAGGAGCCAAUACAUGAUCACGACAUUCCCCAGAGAUACCAUAAACACAUAUUGUCAAACACCGGCCUACGUCUUAUUGAGCCGCAUGGCGUUGACACUUAUAUCCCUUCUCAGAAGGAGUUCCUGCAGGAAGUGGCUGUUGAAGAGGACCUUCCGCCAUUUGAGUGCUCGAAAUCAUCCGCAGAAGCCUUCAAACUACGGCAUGGCAACAAUAUCAUGUUGCAACCAAUUCCAGGUUCUGACAACUAUCAUGUGUUUCUCAAGAAGGGCGCAGUUCUAAUGAUUGCUAAAACUAUUCCUUUCCAUCAAUCCGUGGCCGGGGUAGUCCCUACUGGCUGGGACGCUUUACGUUAUGGCAUUCCUGAAGAGAUCAUACAACAGGUCGAUAAAACGACACUAUAUGCGCUUUGUUGUGUCUCAGAAGCCUUUCUAUCUGCUGGUAUUAAUGAUCCUUACGAUAUAUACCAACACAUUCAUGUUUCCGAGUUAGCGAACUGUUUGGGUACCGGAGGCGGGCCCAUGAAAGUCAUUCAGGAUAUGUAUCGUGAUCGGUUUCUUGAUCGUCAAGUACGGGGCGAUAUCAUACUGGAACACUUUCUUAAUACAAUGGGUGCAUGGGUGAACAUGUUGCUAUUGUCUGCUUCGGGCCCCCUUAAAACUCCGGUCGGCGCAUGUGCUACCGCCCUCGAAUCUCUUGAUAUUGGCUGCGAUGCUAUUUCAUCGGGCAAGUGCAAGGUAGCCAUAGUCGGUGGCUGUGAUGACUAUCGUGAGGAACUGUCCUUUGAGUUUGAUAAUAUCAAAGCUACAGCCAACUGUGCAGAGGAGCUGGCUAGAGGAAGGCUUCCCAGCGAGAUAUCUCGUCCAACAGCCAGCUCACGCAGUGGUUUCGCUGAAUCCGCCGGUUGCGGUGUGCAGCUCUUAAUGAAUGCGGAACUGGCCCUCAAGCUGGGCUCACCGAUCCACGGGAUUGUCGCCUAUAGCCAGAUGGCUAGUGACCAGGUCGGCCGCUCCAUCCCCGCUCCUGGAAAGGGCAUUCUAACUGUCGCACGCGAGAAUAAUGAGGCGAAAGUCUCCCCACUCUUAGACUUUGAUUUUCGCCGCGCAAGCUUCGAUGAGGAGGUGGCGGAUGUUGAGCAAAAGUCCAUCGGUGGACGGCUGGGUAGAAUGCAGAGUUCAGGCGCCAUCUGGCGAGUAGCAGAACAAUCCAGGAGACUGAAGGUCGGAGACGCCCAAUGGCGCUGGGCUCACAACAUUCGCCUACAGGACCCAUCAAUAUCUCCACUUAGGGCAGCCUUAGCUACUUGGGGCCUAGGAGUUGACGAUAUUGGUGUCGUCUCGAUGCAUGGAACAUCAACCAAGGCAAACGAUGUCAACGAAGGAGAAGUUAUUAACACCCAAAUGGAGCAUCUGGGUCGUCACAAAGGCAAUCCACUCCUCUGUGUAUGUCAAAAGUCACUAACCGGGCAUCCGAAGGCAGCGGCAGGUGCGUGGCAGCUGAAUGGCUGCAUGCAGAUCUUACAAGAGGGAAUCGUCCCAGGAAAUCGAAACGCAGACAACAUCGAUGACCAAUUGCGACAAUUUGAGCAUUUGGUAUACCCCAUGGAGUCAAUCAAAACAACAGGAAUUAAAGCGACCAUGGUAACCUCCUUUGGCUUCGGGCAGAAAGGUGCCAUCGCCAUUAUGGUAGCACCUAGCUACCUCUUUGCAUCCAUUUCUGCGCCAAUGUAUGAAGAAUAUAGCAUGCUAGCGACACAGCGACAGCGAGCUGCUAGUCCAAAUUUUGUCUCCCGGAUACUGAACAACUGCAUCGUACAAAUAAAGAACCUUCCGCCAUGGGGGAACGAAGAUGGGACGGAAAAGGUCUUCCUGGACCCAAGCAGUUGUCGGCAAGACGACCAGUUGCGGCCUAAUAAUGGCGCACUUGCAGACCCGUCUGAUCCGAUCAAUGCUACCACUGAUUGCAAUUCACAGACAGUCGAGAAUGAGGAUGAAGGAAAAACUCUAUCUUGCCUUGUUGAGAAAAUGCUCGUAGAAGCAGUCGCCAGAUCGAAAGGAACAUCACCCCCAAGUGUGGGAGUCGAUGUGGAAGAAAUUACCAGCAUUAAUAUGGAGAAUGAGACAUUCCUACAGCGUAACUUCACUCUGGCUGAACGUGAGUUCUGUUUGAAGUCGCCCAAUCCUCAAGCCUCUUUUGCAGGACAGUGGAGUGCCAAGGAGGCCGUAUUCAAAAGCCUUCAUGCUUCGUCCUCGGGACCCGGGACUGCGAUGCACGAGAUUGAGGUACUCAACCACUGUGGCAUCCCUAAAGUCACCCUUUAUGGGCAGGUCAAAGACAUCGCUCGGGACAAAGGUAUACAGAAUAUUGAAGUAAGUAUCAGCCAUUCAAGCAAGGCAGCUGUUGCAAUUGCGGUGGCUGUGAAAGGUUGA